AUGGUAGCUUGCUUCUUUGCUAUAAUUGACAAUUGUAAUCGAACACGACUUGUUGCAACUGUUUUACUUGAAGAUGAAACAGAGGACAGUUUUAUUUGGGCAUUAAAAAUGAUCAAAAAGGGAACAGGACAUUUAAUACCAAGAGUUGUAUUCACUGAUUCUAAUCUAGCAAUGGCUAAUGCAAUAUCUUUAGAAUUUUCAGAUUCUAUUCAUUGUUUAUGUUUGAAUACAUUGGUUUUGAAUAUUUUUGAACAUCAUUGGGAAAGUUUAAAAUCAAAAUAUACAUCAGCAAAUAGUUAUAUUAAGCGACAGUUAGAUCCUUUUAAACACAAAUGGGCUGUAUGCUACACAAAUAAUCAAUUUACAGCAGGUGCAAAUAGCACUCAACGAGUAGAAAGUCUUAAUCGAAAAAUUCAUGAUUGCAUUAAAUUGAAUUCAUCACUUUUAAUGCUGGUAAAGGAAAUUCAAGAAGUACUUAAUAAGGAAUCGGAAUAUGCAAGGGUAGAGGAAUAUAAAGAUCAAAUUCCAACAGUUGGCCUUGCAACUGUUUCUAAAACUUAUUUUAAUUCAAUUGAAAAGAUUGUUUCACAAUACCUUAUGCCAGCAAUAGUAUUUGCU